AUGUCUGAGACCGAGAUUCCGACUGCGCGGUUCUUGCCCGGAGUGCUGGAGAUCGGACAGGCCGGUGCAUGGGUCGAUUACAAGGCCGUGACGGUUCUCAAGCGGUUCGAUUCAGCUUCAAGACCUUGGCUCUGCAAGCUGCAUCCAUUCCGAGGCCAAGAGCAACCCGAAGUCAUCCUGAAGCCGGAGGAUCUGGCUCGCGAGGCUUGCAUCCUGGCGAUAGCUUCGAGAUUCAACUUGAUCUGGGAGGCGCAGAAUGUACAGUGUUGUGGCGUCGCCGUGUACGUGAAAAGCUACCGAAUCCUUCCAGUGGGUCCGGAUUUGGGGGUUGUUGAAGCAGUCCCCAACGCCAAGACGAUAGAAAAGCUGAAGCGAGACUGCCCGAGCACUAGCCGGAGACGAGACCGAGUGCAUCACUUCCUUGGAGGGAAUGAUGGCAAGUUGAGUCGGUUGGCAGCCACGACAGCAGGGCUGUUGGCCAUGUCCUACAUCAUCGGCCUUGCAGACGGUCAUGGAGACAACUACAUGAUUACGACGGAAGGUGAGUAUUUUCGCAUAGAUUUCGAGCACACCUUCGGCGAAAAGCCCCGUGGCCCUGAUGCUCCGAGGCUUUGGCUGCCUCGAACGGUGCGCGAAGCUUUGGGCAAACGCUUGGACGAGGUGAUCGGCGCGGCGACGGAGGCGGUUGAACUAUUGCUGGGUCCCAACAGGAAUGAACUACUUCAUUCUUGCCAGGUGAUGGAUGUGGCCUUUCCUGACAAGGAGAGUGCUGUGACGUAUCUUGCUUCCCUAAGCAUUGAGGAAUUCCGCAGAGAAGUACACGGUGUGCGAAGCUGUGCCCUGGGCAAAUGCAUGAAAAGUCUGGGCCGGGAGAAAUUUUAUGGCAAAAGGCACGGGCGUCGCCACCACGCGAGUCUCAACGUCAUGUCUCCAGCAGCAUUGUUGUGCAUCUGCAGGAUGCACCACGUGACGACUGCGAAUCAGUUGGUCGAGUUUGCCGAGCAGCUUUAUGGCGCGUCGGCAUUGCCACGCUUGGUGCACUUUGAGAGUUCAGUCUCGCUGUUGUCACGGUUCAAUGCUGAAGAUAUGUUGACAGGAUUGAUCGAGUCAGUCAUGCAAGUUGUUUCAGCGAUUGCAGUGAGUACUAGCAUGGUCAAAGACCUCGUAAAGUCACUGCUCGACGUCGUGGCUAAUGCACCGACAGAACAUGCUUUCGAAGAAGUGCUGACGGAAGUUGCAGCGACCAUGGGUAUGCUGGAUCAUGACGGACCUUUGACCUCUGAACAGGCCGCGGAGCUGGUCCAAAAGGCCACGGAGCAGUCGACGACAGAGAUUGGGCAGUGGCUUCACUUGCACAUGUCCAAUGAGAUCUGGGAACGACUCGGAGAUUGGCUCCGUUUGCACAUGGAUAGCCUGAGCGGAUUCGCGUCAGUGGCAGAUGACGUCUUACCGUGGUUUCCUGUCAUGCUGGGCAUGAAACGAGCUGUAGUGGAUAAAGACAUCAUAGGUGCCACCCUGCCUGUGGUGGUGCAUUGGGGGCUGCCCGGAAUCAUGGCCCUCGUAGGUGCAGGUCCCCCAUGCCUCCUCGUUUCCAUUGCCCUGACGAGCUUGUGCCGAAUGCUCCCUGGUUUUAUUCGAAACCAAUUGUUGGAAGGUGAGAUGAAAAAGCUCGGCCUCCAGGGCAUUCCAGACAGAGGUGAAAUCGAGACGGCAUACUGGCAGUUCGGGCACAGGUUUGCGUCGUCCCGGCUCGGACAGCACGACGAUUUUGAGGCGGUCAGCAAGGCAUACAUCCGAAUCAUGGCGAUCUUGGGGCCGGCAUGA